CCCUUGAUUCCCAAAUCCCAUCUCCAAUGGCCAUUUCCAGUUCUCCAGACUGGUCUUUGCCUCCUAAUUCUCUUGGCACUUCCACAAAAGUUCAAAAAUGUACUUUUCUUCUUCCUUCAUGGAAACCCGGAAGAACCUACUUCGUCUCAGCUCCUUUCUCUGUCCACUCGUCCAGCUUACCAUCUCCUAUUCUAGAUACCCAUUUGGAUCUUGACCAUUCUCAACAAUUCCUGAUUGAGAAUCCAGAUGGGAUCAAAUUAAACAACACUUUACUUGAAUUGUUUGAAGACCCUCUAAAUCAAGAAACAGCAUACGAGUUCUAUGAGAAGGCAAAACAAAGGGCAGAAUUCAGACCAGAAAAACCAAUGUUAAAGCUUCUAAUCAGGUACUUGGUAAAGUCCAAGAAAUGGGAUUUGAUCAUGUCUCUUACCGAUGAUUUUAAGCAUUACUGCGUCUUUCCUGAUGGUUAUACAUGUUCCAAAUUGAUUAAUAGCUGCAUUAGAGCUAGAAAAUUUAGGAUUGUGAAGGCUUUGCUUCAAGUGUUAAAAUCUGAUGCUGAAUUGGCUGUGUUGGCCUUUGAUUCAGUUAUGGAAGGUUAUAAUAAACUGCACAUGUCUAGAAGCACUUUGGCUGUGUAUGAGGAAAUGAAAUCUGGUGGGAUUAUUCCAGAUUUGGGAUGUUAUUGCAGGGUAAUGGAAGCUUAUCAAAAACUUAGUGAUACUGAAAAUGUUGUUGCAAUAUUCAAUGAAGUUGAAAGCAAGAAGCUUCUUGAUACUUCAUCUCCAAAAUUAUCAAAUUGGUUGUUUGGUAUCUUGUGUGAGUCAUUGCGGAAAUCUGGUCGAGCAUACGAAGCUCUUCAGUUUUUCAGAUACAUGAAAAUGAGAGGAAUCAUGGGCAAUUCUUUUAUGUACUCUUCCUUGAUAUGUGCAUUUGCGGUAAUUCGCGAUGUAAAAGUAACUGAAGAGCUUUUCAAAGAAGCAAGGGAGAAGGGGAUGAUUCAGGAUCCAUGGGCGUUUAUGAACCUUGUGGUGAUGUAUGUGGAAGAAGGGCUACUAGAGAAGACUCUAGAUGUUGUGUGGGCGAUGCAGGCUGCAAAUGUGAAGGUUUCUGAUUGCAUUUUCUGCGCAAUUGUCAACGGUUUCAGCAAAAAAAGAGGGCUUGAGGCUGCUAUUAAGGUCUAUGAGGAGUUGAUCAUGGAGGGCUGCAUACCGGGCCAAGUGACUUAUGCAUCUAUCAUAAAUGUGUAUUGUCGUUCUAACCUCUGUGCAAAAGCUGAAAUGACAUUCUUGGAGAUGUUGCGAAAGGGGUUUGAUAAAUGUGUUGUGGCCUAUUCUAACAUGGUAGCAAUGUAUGGUAAAACAGGAAGGGUAAGAGAUGCAAUGAGGCUUGUGGCUAAGAUGAAACAGAAAGGGUGUGAACCAAAUGUUUGGGUUUAUAACACUUUGAUGGACAUGCAUGGUAGAGUCAAGAACUUGAGACAGGUAGAGAAGCUAUGGAGAGAAAUGAAGCGGAGGAAUCUGGCCCCAGAUAAUGUUAGCUACACUACCAUUAUAAGUGCUUACAACAAGGCAAAGGAGUAUGAGCUGUGUGUGAAAUUUUACAGGGAGUUUAGAACCAAUGGAAGAGUAAUUGAUAACGCUAUGGCAGGAAUCAUGGUAGGGGUUUUCUCUAAAACUGGUCAGCUUGAUGAGAUUGUGACACUUCUGCAGGAUAUGAAAGCCAAAGAAAUGCAGCUGGAUCAAAGGCUUUAUUCUUCGGCUUUAUUUGCUUUAAUGGAUGCUGGAAUGGUAAGACAAGUCAAAUGGUUGCAGAAAAACUUUGAUUCCAGAAUGCUAGAAGUAAAUCAGAGAAAGCUGCGCAAGAGGGCUUUUGCACCACGUUUGGAGAUACCUUAACGACGUAAUAUGGCACAUCCAUUGUAAAUCUUUAACGUUGAAGAAGUUCCUUCAGAAUAUCAUUUCUCUUGCUUUGCCUUUACUUGCCUACAAUUUCACAAAAUUGAUUGGAGUUGAAGGUUUUAUUAGGAUGAUUAAUUUGUCAUGUUAGAUUUCUGGCCGUUCUUUACUUGGAGAUAUCUGAUUCAUUAUAUUGAAAUGAAAUUCAUAUCAGAAG